AUGAAAAAAGCACAAAGAAGGAAAAAAGUUAAAAAACGGCUGCAUUUCCUCCCAGUGAUGGUGCACCUCAUUAACAUCCGAGGUUUGCAUUCCAAUAUUGACCCGGUCUACCACCACCUUGAGACCGUGAAGCCGCAUCUGUUUUUCUUAACGGAGACGCAAAUCAAAUGUCCAGCAGAUGCGACGUACCUCAACUACCCAUGCUACUCAUUAGAACAUAAGUUCAAGGAACACGCUGGGGUCUGUGUGUACGUCCGCAAUAACAUUUGCUAUAAGCGACUCCGGUGCUUUGAAGCGACCGGGUUCUCUACAUUGUGGGUUUUAGUGGACACCGGCGUGGACAAGACUGUCUACGCCUGUGUUUAUCGGUCGCACAGUGGAGAUCAGGAGACAACCAGGCUCUUCGACCACCUUACAGAGAUGGCAGACAAAGCGCAGCAACGGUAUCCGACGGCGGAACUUGUUUUUCUCGGGGACUUUAACGCUCACCACGAGCAGUGGUUGUUCCCGUACGAGAAAACAUGCCACGCUGGGAGGGAGGCGCGCAAAUUCGCGUUAGCACUCGAUCUUACCCAGAUGGUACAGGUUGCAAACACGGAUCCAGACAGACACUCGGUCUCAGUAUCUGCCCCUCUAGGAUCAUCCGACCAUUGUCUGGUGAAAUCCAUAUCGACCGCCUCUCCUCCGGACAACUGUCUAAGGGGCACAAGAAGAGUGUGGCGAUAUGAGUUAGCGGACUGGGAAGAGAUGCGGCAUUUCUAUGCAUCUUUCCCUUGGCGGCAAGUCGGUUUUUCCUCGGGUGACCCCUCGUGUUCGGCUGAGGCAGUUGCGGGCGUGAUUCGACAGGGAAUGGAAUACUUUAUACCAUUCUCCGACAUAUCGCUCGACCACAAAUCCCGACCUUGGUACAAUGCUGAGUGCGCCCAUGCUGAAGCCCUUAAAGAGUCUGCUUACAAAGCUUGGGUACAAGUCCGCGAUGCCAAAGCUGGAGCGCGGAGGGUUCGCACGAGGAAGAAAGCUUUUAAUUCAGCCCCCAAGUCCUGCAAACGGAUAUUACAAAAGGCCCGAUUCGACCAUAUCCGUCGUAUAGGCGCUAAACUUGCCUCCUACCCCCCUGGUAGUAAACAAUUCUGGUCUCUGUCGAAGGCAGUAGAGUCCAAUUUCUGCCGCCCUACAUUGCCUCCUCUGCAGAAGCCUGAUGGUUCGCUAGCUCACUCGGCAGUGGAAAAGGCAAACUUGUUUGCAUCUCUCUUUGCGAGCAAUUCGCGUCUUGACGCUAGCUCUACACAACCACCAUCCUUGCCUCGAUGUGACUCUUCUAUGCAAGAGAUCACGAUCCACAAUAAAGAGGUCCGUAGAGUUUUGCUGAACCUUGACGUGAAUAAGACUAGUGGACCUGACGGUUUACCUGCGCGCGUCCUAAAGGGUUGUGCACCUGAGCUGUCUCCUGUACUCACGCGCCUGUACCGCCUCUCUCUUCAAACUAGAACGGUGCUAAAAUCUUGGAAGCUGGCUAAUGUGCAGCCAGUGCCCAAAAAGGGUAGCCGAGUGAAUCCCUGCAACUACCGACCAAUCGCCAUCACCUCCAUGCUCUGCAAAGUCAUGAAAAAGGUACUUAACAGCAAGUUGCUGAACUACCUAGAGGACAAUGAACUCCUCAGUGACCACCAAUACGGCUUUCGUCAGGGGCGGUCUACUGGAGAUCUUCUGGUGUAUGUCACACACUGCUGGGGCGAAGCCAUUGAGAAACAUGGUGAGGCGCUCGCUAGUGGGGAUGACAGUACAACGAAAAUUGAAAUAAAUAUAGUCAAUGAAAUACUUAUUAAAGAUUGUAAAUUUGAUAUGCCAUAUGUGCUCCCCGUGAUAUUACCUACUUGA